AUGGCUGUCAAAAAUAAAUCCGGAUCUUCAACUUCAAAUCCGACGAGUCUAAUAACGGGAACCACCGUUUUACCUAUUGCUCGCGUGAAACGUAUCAUUAAAGAAGAUGACGAAAUAACGAUGUGUUCUGCUGACGCGACAUUUGUAAUUGCCGUUGCAGCGGAACUUUUUGUAGGACAUUUUGCCAAACAAGGUUUAGAAAAAGCAAAUGCUGAAAGGCGAAAAAACAUUCAUUAUCGAGAUUUGGGUGUUGUUCCGCAGACUUGUAAAUUCGAAAAGGCUCUGAAAGCAUAUAAUGAUGCUAUGAAACAACAAGAAGCCACUAGGGCAUUUAACGAUGCUAAUAGUGAUGAUGAAUCGAGUGAUGAUAAUUGCGAAAAAAAUGGAGCUAAUAUUGGUCGUCAAAAUAAUGAUGAUCAAAGUAAUGAUGAUCUCGAUAUGAUUUCCGAAAGUGGCCAAGAUACGAGUGAAAGUAAUACUGAUGAUCUUGACUCAGUAGAAGAAAAUGGUGUUAAUAGUGAUGAUAGUGAAAAUGUCGAUAACAAUUCUCCAAUUCAUAAUGGCAAUAACAACGAAGGGAACGGGAUUUCAGACAGCGAACUCAGUGACGCUCCAACCUCGAGCAAUGAAAAUGGUUCGGCAUAG